AUGGGGGUUCCGAAGGAGCUCGUCUUCGGCGUAGAUUAUCUGGAGCCUAACAGAAUCACCGAGAGGGAGAUUGCGAGGUUUCGUGCUGAGUACUUCAUACCAGAUUCGGUAGGCAUGAGGAUCCCAAAUCCUACCGAAUCUCUAAGCAGUCCGAAGGAUGGCGAAGUCGUCUUUUUCACGGACGUACUUCUGCAAGGGUGA